UAUUUAGUAUUAAUUAGGCAUAUACUCAAGCAACAUUAUAUUAUAAAAUAAUCAUGUUACACAAAAUUCUCUUUGUGGUUCUAUUUGUUUCAUCCAAUAUUCGAAUAAAUGUUGCUUCGCCCGAGGAUGACUUCAAAGCGGGAAAUCGUCUAUUUUCCGCCAGACUAUACAAGGAAAUGAAUACCAAGCCGAAGGAAAACUUUGUGUUCUCCCCGUAUCCCGUACAAAAAGUUCUUGCCGCAUUAGCUUCGGCAGCUAAAAGCUACAGUUCUGAUACCGUAGCUGAAAUAAAAAACUCGGUAAAUUUACUACAGGAUAAGGUUCAAAACGAGGAAGCAUUUAAAAACGUUUGUGAAAAAAUGAAAAAGUACAACGAUGAUGACUUUAAGUUGUUCGAUGCCACCAAAAUGUACUUUACUCAAGGGUACAGUGUGGAACAAUGGUACAGAACCAUAGCGCAGCAAGUCUACGAAGCUGAAAUUGAAACCGUUAAUUUCGGUCAGAGCGCUGCCACCACGCAGAGAAUUAAUAGUUGGGUCUCAAAGAAAACCGAUGGAAAAAUUACAAACUUUAUAAAACCGGGGGAUAUUACAAGCAAUACACAGAACGUGCUUGUUAGUACUUUUUAUUUGGCUGCCAAAUGGGAAACGCCUUUCGAAAAAGCUGAGACCAUGCUAAGAAAUUUCAAUACUUCUACCGAGAUCAAGAAAGUAAACAUGAUGAAGAAUACCGCGGGUUUUGGCUACUUCAAAGACGAAUACGCCAAAUACCUCCAAAUGGGACUAUUUAAAUACGAAGGAGACGCGGAGGUCGUGUUCGUUCUUCCUCAUGACCAUGACGGCUUAGGCAAAUUAGAAGCGAAUAUUGAACGAGUCUUUCAACAGAAGACCUUUGUAAGCUCCACGGUUAACGUUGUCUUACCGAAAUUUUCGAUAAGCAACGACGUGAAGUUGAUGCCAAUCUUGCAAAAGCUGGGUGUCAAAAGACUCUUCAAUUGGGGCGUUGCAUUGGAGGGUUUGAAAUACCCUGGACACCCUUUCGAAAGGAUCAGUGACGUUUAUCAGAUGACCACCAUUGAUGUGACCGAGUCGGGAGUAUCUGCUGCUGCUGCUACAGAGUCGGAAAUAAUCGUAGAUAAGACACUUGACGAGAGAACGUUCGUGGCUGACCAUCCGUUUAUUUUUUAUAUAUCGAUUGAAAAGGUUAUUGUUUUUGCCGGAAGAGUCGUUGACCCUUAGUUUAGUUUAUACUGUACGUCAUCAAAACAUAUAUGCAAUGAAAAUUAUACGACCUUAUUUAUCAAUGCAUUAAAGGAUUUUAUACAAUGUUU